GCCAGGAGGGUGGCAGAAGUAGAGGGGACAUUUCACCAUGGAAUAUGAAGUCAAGAAAGGGAAGAAGGGCUUUGUAUCCCCCAUCCGAAGGCUGGUGUUCCCCAAGGCCGGGCGCCGUGCAGCCUGUAGGAGCAGCGUGAGCCGCCGGCCCCUGCACUCGAUGCCCCUUUAUCCCCCUGACUACCUCAUUGACCCCCAGAUUCUACUGUGUGACUACCUGGAGAAAGAGGUCAAGUUCCUGGGCCACCUUACCUGGGUGACUUCCUCACUGAACCCCUCCAGUCGGGACGAGCUCCUGCAGCUGCUAGACACUGCCAGGCAGCUGAAGGAGCUGCCGCUGAAGACCACGGCGGAGCAGGACAGCAUCCUGAGCCUGUCUGCCCGCUGCCUGCUGCUCACCUGGCGCGACAACGAAGAGCUGAUCCUGCGAAUCCCUACGCACGAGAUCGCCGCCGCCUCCUACCUGCAGGACGACGCGCUGCACCUGCUAGUGCUCAAGACCGGUCUGGGCGUGGACCCGGUGCCGGCCGGCGUGGACACCAGCCCUGGCGGCGCAGGACGCGACCCCGGCCCGCCGGGCGCGGCGCCCGAGAAGCGGCGGGUGGGCACUGCGGAGCGGCGCCACACCAUCUGCAGCCUGGACUGGCGGAUGGGGUGGGGUGGGGGCACAGCGGAGGCCCGGGCCGGGGGAAGCGGUGGCGGCAGCCUGGAGCGCCAGCGCGUCGGGGCGCGGGCGUCGGGCAGCUGGGAGCGGCGGCAGACGUUCAGCGGCAGCUGGGAGCGGCGGCACGGAAGCGGCGGCGGCGGCGGUGCAGGCAAGCCGGGCGGCAGCUGGGAGCGGAGGCAGGCGGGCAGUGGCGGUGGCAGCUGGGAGAGGCGACAUCCCGGUCCCAACCCGCUCGACCCGCAGGACCCCAGCCCCGACGCCUACUGCAACCUGGUCAUCCUGGCUGUAGCCAACAGGGACGCUGCAGAGGAGUCCUGCGCACUCAUCUGUCAGGUCUUCCAGAUCAUCUACGGGGACCAGAGUAUUGAGUGUGUGGAUCGGGCUGGCUACCACUACACAUCCACUCCCGAACGGCCGUGGCUCUGCAGCCGCAGUGAGAGCUGCCGCACAGAUGGGACGUACGCCUAUGAUGCCGACUUCAGCUGCUGCAGCUCCUUCAAUGGCUCCCAGGACACCUUUGAAGCAUGUUACAGCGGCACGUCCACACCUUCUUUUCAUGGCUCCCACUGCAGCGGCAGCGACCACAGCGGUCUGGGCUUGGAGCAGUUACAGGAUUACAUGGUCACGUUGCGGAGUAAGCUGGGGCCGCUCGAGAUCCAGCAAUUUGCGCUGCUGCUGCGGGAGUACCGGCUGGGGCUGCCCAUCCAGGACUAUUGCACAGGCCUGCUGAAGCUCUAUGGAGACCGGCGCAAGUUCCUCCUCCUUGGGAUGCGGCCCUUCAUCCCGGACCAGGACAUCGGCUACUUCGAGGGCUUCCUGGAGGGCGUGGGCAUCCGCGAGGGCGGCAUCCUCACUGACAGCUUCGGCCGCAUCAAGCGCAGCAUGAGCUCCACGUCGGCCUCUGCGGUGCGCAGCUACGAUGGCGCAGCGCAGCGGCCCGAGGCACAGGCCUUCCACCGGCUGCUGGCUGACAUCACGCACGACAUCGAGGCGCUGGCCCCCGAUGACGACGAUAACGACGACGACGAUGAGGAUGAGCCCCGGGGCUCCAGGGGCGGGAGCGACGCCGCUGAAGACAACUACCUGUAGCCACCGCCCCUGCGGACGGUGUGGCCCCGCAGCCCACCUCUGAGUCUCAGCUUUGCCUGGGCGACCCUAUCCCCGGGGGAGACCCUAUCCCCAGGGCCCGCUCAUCACACCUGGCGAGGGCGGGGGCGUCUUCACUCCAGGGUCUCGCUCCCUGCCUUUGGGGCCCGGGACCCUGCAGUACCGAGGGUGUCCUGCAGCAGGUGAGCGAAGCCGGGCCCUAAAGACCGGGGCAGUCACCCGGGGCUCCCGUGCCGCUCUGCCGGGCUGGGGCUGGGCAGCGAUCCUGCUUUGACCCAGUAGCCCAGAGGGGUCAGCCCCAGAACACCUCCUCCCCGGGAUGCCGCAGCUUUCUGGAGGCGGAGGAAGGCAUGAAGAGUGGGCUCCACCUGCUGGCAGACUGAGAAAAGAAUUUCCAGAACUCCGUCCUAUUUUACAGAUUGGAAAACUAUGGCUCAAAAAGGGGGGAAGGGGCUUGAGGGAAUCUCCUGAUUCUCCUUAUAUGACCUCAAACUGACCAUACUAAAUAGUGUAUAAGGUCUUUUUAAGGCUCUAAGUGUCAGGGUCUCCCGUCCCCUGAUGCCUGACUUGUACAGUCAGUGUGGAGUAGACGGUUUCCUCCACCCAGGGUUGACUCGGGGGCGAUCUGGGUCCCAUUCUGGCCUCAAGACCCCAAACAAGGUGUUCCUUCAACUCUUGGAUUUGGAGCCAGGCCAACCUGGAGCCUCCAUCUGGUUAGUGUCAUAACCUCUGUGUGCUCCCGUUUCCCCAUCUGUCCAGUGAGCUCAGCCCCCAUCCACCUAACAGGGUGGCCAUAGGGAUUACUGAGGGUUUAGACCUUAGAGCUGAGUCUAGCACACGAUAAGUGCCCAAUAAAUAUUCCUUUCCACAUCAAA